CCUUUGGAAGCAAGUGCACCUGCAGCCCCAAAAACAUGUCGUGCUGCCAGCCCUGCAACCCUUGCUGCCAGCCCUGCGGCCCGACCCCGCUGGCCAACAGCUGCAAUGAGUGCUGUGUCAGGCAGUGCCAGAGCUCCACCGUCGUCAUCGAACCCUCCCCCGUGGUGGUGACCCUGCCCGGGCCCAUCCUCAGCUCCUUCCCACAGAACACCGCGGUGGGAUCCUCCACCUCCGCUGCCGUUGGCAGCAUCCUCAGCUGUGACGGAGUGCCCAUCAACUCCGGGGGCUUUGACCUCUCCUGCAUCACCAACCGCUACUGCGGCAGAAUCUGCUGAAGCUGCUGCUGAAGCCCCACGGAAGGACCCCCAGGAACCCAGAAGACGGAAAUGGACUGAGCACGGAGACCUUGGCCAUGGCUUUCAGAGGGACUGAGCAGCCGUAGC